GUUACUGCGGUGCGCAUGCGCAGCGUAACCAUUGUCGCUCGUGGAAGCAAGGAGCGCGAGCGAGGCCCGAAAUAAACAUCAAAGGGAAAAGUUGUUUAAGCUGGUGCGCGCGGGGCGAGGGCGAGAUGGCGGAGGCGGCAGCGGCGUCCUCGCAAGCGCGGCUUCAGCAAGGCCAGAGCACCGGGCCGGCAGUUUCAGGCUCCGGCUCGGGCUCCAGCUCGGGCUCCAGCUCGGGCUCGGGAUCCGGCUCCGGCUCCGGAAGCAGCGACCCUGCCCGGCCCGGUCUGAGCCAGCAGCAGUGGGCGAGUCAGAAGAAAGCACAGGUCCGCGCAUUCCCUCGGGCCAAGAAGCUGGAGAAGCUCGGCGUGUUUUCCGCUUGCAAGGCCAAUGAUUCCUGUAAGUGUAAUGGCUGGAAGAACCCUCAUCCACCAACCGCCACCCGAAUGGAGCCCCAGCAGCAGGCGGCUGAUCUGAGCGAGGCCUGCCGCAGCUGUGGUCACGCCCUCGCGGAGCAUGUGUCUCAUCUGGAGAACGUCUCCGAGGACGAGAUUAACAGGCUGCUCGGAAUGGUGGUGGAUGUAGAAAACCUCUUCAUGUCUGUACAUAAGGAAGAGGAUACUGACACCAAGCAGGUCUACUUCUAUCUGUUCAAGCUGUUGAGGAAGUGCAUACUCCAAAUGAGCAAGCCAGUAGUGGAGGGGUCUCUAGGAAAUCCACCGUUUGAGAAACCUAACAUAGAACAGGGGGUGUUAAACUUUGUACAGUAUAAGUUCAGUCACUUGGCUCCUAAGGAGAGACAGACAAUGUAUGAGCUGAGUAAGAUGUUUCUGUUAUGUCUGAACUACUGGAAGCUGGAAACGCCGUCUCAGUUCCGCCAGCGUGCCCAAAAAGAAGACGCAUCUGCCUACAAAGUCGACUAUACAAGGUGGCUAUGUUACUGUCACGUGCCGCAGAGUAACGACAGUCUGCCUCGCUACGAGACGUGCCAGGUGUUCGGCCGCAGUCUACUCAAGUCCAUCUUCACGGUCACCCGCAGGCAGCUGCUGGAGAAGUUCAGAGUAGAGAAAGACAAACUGCCCCCGGAGAAACGCACUCUUAUUCUUACCCACUUUCCCAAGUUUCUUUCCAUGCUAGAAGAAGAAAUCUAUGGUGAAAACUCUCCUAUAUGGGAUGCUGAAUUCACAAUGCCAGCUAAUGAAGGAGCCCAACUGGGGACUCAGACAGUGUUGAGUCCAGUGACCUUUUCAGGUUCUCCUCUGCCUAAAUUCACCGGUGGGCCUUCUCUGGACACGGCCUCUUCCGAACCAAACCCAGGAGAGAAGAGGAAGUUACCAGAAGCCCUGACGCUGGAGGAUGCUAAGAGGAUCAGGGUGAUGGGAGAUAUUCCAAUGGAACUAGUCAACGAGGUCAUGAUGACUAUCACUGACCCUGCUGCUAUGCUGGGUCCAGAGACAAGUCUCCUGUCUGCGAACGCAGCACGGGAUGAGACGGCACGUCUGGAGGAGAGGAGAGGCAUUAUAGAGUUCCAUGUGAUUGGUAACUCGCUCUCUCAGAAGUCCAACAAGAAGAUCCUGAUGUGGCUAGUGGGCCUUCAGAACGUCUUCUCCCAUCAGCUGCCCCGCAUGCCCAAAGAGUACAUCACACGCCUUGUCUUUGAUCCGAAACACAAAACUUUGGCUCUGAUUAAAGAUGGGCGUGUGAUUGGCGGGAUUUGCUUCCGGAUGUUUCCGACUCAGGGAUUCACCGAGAUAGUUUUUUGUGCUGUUACUUCAAACGAGCAAGUGAAGGGCUAUGGCACUCACCUGAUGAAUCACCUAAAGGAGUAUCACAUCAAGCAUGGAAUUCUGUACUUCCUGACCUAUGCUGAUGAAUAUGCCAUCGGCUACUUCAAAAAACAGGGCUUCUCCAAAGACAUCAAAGUGCCAAAGAGUCGUUACCUUGGCUACAUUAAAGACUACGAAGGGGCCACCCUGAUGGAAUGUGAGCUCAAUCCCAGAAUUCCCUACACAGAGCUGUCCCACAUCAUCAAAAGGCAGAAGGAGAUCAUCAAGAAGCUGAUUGAGAGAAAGCAGAGCCAAAUCCGGAAGGUAUACCCCGGCCUCACGUGCUUCAAAGAGGGAGUGCGACAGAUACCUGUGGAGAGCAUCCCAGGCAUUCGAGAAACCGGUUGGAAACCUAGCACCAAAGAGAAAAAUAAAGAACUAAAGGACCCUGACCUUCUGUACAACAUACUGAAAAACCUUCUGGCCCAGAUUAAAACGCACCCAGACGCUUGGCCUUUCAUGGAACCAGUGAAAAAGUCUGAAGCUCCAGACUACUAUGAAAUAAUCCGAUUUCCUAUUGACCUGAAGACCAUGACUGAGCGUCUGAAAAAUCGCUACUACGUGACCAAGAAGUUGUUCAUCGCCGACCUGCAGAGAGUGAUAACCAACUGCAGGGAGUACAACCCACCUGACAGCGAGUACUGCAAGUGCGCCAACACACUCGAGAAGUUCUUCUACUUCAAACUCAAAGAGAGCGGCCUCAUCGAAAAGUGACCCAGCACACACGUGGUGGUAUUUAAAGGGGCGGGGCAUCGCCGGAAAGCUCCUUCUCGUGUAAGAAUGGGACAAUCCGAGAUGUGUGUGAAUAAAGAGGUGUGAGGUCAUGGGGCAUUAGAGAAAGCAAGAAGGGUUAAAUGGACCUCAGCAUCAGUUCAGCAGGGGAGUAACUAUUUAGGACAAUAUUCAUAUAUUUAUCUGUUUGCUUUUGGCGUAUUAUUUAUACACACUAUUCAGAGCACAUGAUGUUACUAAUACUGCAUAAAACCAUUCAUAGCAGUGCUUCAGAACAUACCACAGUGCUCAGUUCUGGUUGGUCAGAAGGUAUUGAUUAAUGUUCGAUCAACAGCUCUUCAUCACAUCACUGACACCCACUCAUGUAUUCAAAACUGGGAUCAUUCACGAUUAGUAGCUACAACAGGCUAAAAAAUACAUCGCGUUCUGUAACUAAUACACACGAAUUAUAAUAGCCGUUGUCUAAGGAAUACAACCAUUUUGCGAUUCCUGGUUAUUGGAAAAUAAGAAACACUUUGAGGGCUAACUGUAAUAAUCAGGUUGUGUUACCCCACAUCACACUGCCCUAAAGUGAAUCAUUUUCCUUUAACAAUGUGUUGGGAAUUGUUUUAUUCCUUGGUUUUUUUUUUUUUUGCUUACUUAUAAAGCUUUUUUCCCCCUUCUAUAA